GGGAUAUAUAUUUGAUAAAGAUGGUCGUCGACCGGAUCCAGACAAUAUAAAUGCUAUCAAAAAUAUGCCCAGACCGACUGAGGUUACAACCCUUCGUUCAUUCUUGGGGAUGAUUGGUUAUUAUAGUAUGUUCGUACCCCAAAUGUAUAAAUUGCGACAACCAUUAAAUCAACUCUUGAUGGCUAAUACAACAUGGCACUGGACAAAAGAAUGCCAAGAUUCUUUCGAUGAAAUAAAAAGGAUUUUAUCUUCUAAACUGUUGCUGACUCAUUAUAAUCCAAAGCUUGAAAUAAUUGUAGCCGCCGAUGCUUCAAACUAUGGAAUUGGAGCCGUUAUCAGUCAUCGUUUUCCUGAUGGUAAAGAAAAGCCAAUUGCUCAUGCAUCCCGAACUCUUAACUCAGCCGAGCGAAAAUAUAGCCAGAUUGAGAAGGAAGGAUUAGCCUUAGUUUUUGCAGUAAAGAAAUUUCAUAAAAUGAUUUAUGGUCGUCGAUUUACGCUUUUAACAGACCACAAACCGCUUUUAUCUAUAUUUGGAUCGAAGGCAGGUAUUCCUGCUUAUACAGCGAAUCGAUUACAACGCUGGGCUAUUACGUUGCUUGCUUAUGAUUUCCAAAUCCUAUAUAAAUCAACUGAAAAGUUUGGGCAAGCUGAUGCUUUAUCUCGAUUAAUUGCGAAUCAGAAGCAGGAAAGUGAAGAUUCUAUUAUCGCAACGAUAUCGUUGGAAAAUGAUAUUCACCAUAUACUGCAAGUUGCCAUAGAAGCAACACCAUUAUCCUCUGAAGAUAUUAGACGCUAUACUCAAGAAGAUGAUGAAUUGAAGCAGAUUAUUAGUUACCUCGAACAUGGUUGGCCUGCCCAUAUAGACGACAAAAAUAUUGAACAGUAUUCCCACCGUCGGAAUUCCCUGUCACUUGUGGAUGGAUGCUUGAUGUUUGGGAAUCGAGUAAUUGUACCCACAAAUUUACGCCGUAAGGUGAUGUCACAACUGCAUGCCGCACACCCGGGGGUAGCAAGGAUGAAGGCACUUGCACGUGGAUAUGUAUAUUGGCCGAAUAUUGACGCUCAGAUCAAAGAGUAUGUUGAGACAUGUUCUGCGUGUGCAAAAGCUAUCAAAGCCCCUCGUAAGACAGAAAUGCAGAGUUGGGGGACACCAACAAAUCCAUGGUCAAGAGUACACGUAGAUUUCGCCGGUCCCAUAAACGGGAAACAGUACUUAGUGAUGGUUGAUGCUUUUUCAAAAUGGCCAGGGAUCCACUACGUUAAAUCUCUUUCGACAAAAGCCACUAUCGAAAAACUGAGACAAGUGUUCAGCUGUUUUGGGUGUCCAGACGUAUUGGUGUCUGAUAAUGGGCCACAGUUCACCUCCGCUGAAUUCUCGAAGUUCUGCAUCUCAAAUGCAGUUAGGCAUAUAAAGACACCCCCAUAUCAUCCACAGUCAAACGGUCUAGUUGAGAGGUUCGUAGAUACAUUUAAAAGAGCAUUACUUAAAGCUGAGGGAGAAGGGGAAAUGGAAGAGGUGAUUCAAAGAUUUCUACAAACCUACAGAGCAACACCAAACCCAGCAACAAAUAAUCAAGAAAGCCCAGCAGAAGCAAUUUUUGGCAGAAAGAUUAGAAUACCUAUGGAGCAAAUGAAACCAAAGCUUAGAGCCAACCUCCGAAAGAACAAACGAAUGGAACAGCAAUUCAACAAGCGGCAUGGUGCAUUGCCCAGAAUGUUUAAGGUGGGACAAGCGGUAAUAACAAGAGAUUUCACGGGAGUAAAGCCAACUUGGAAGUUUGGCAUAAUAAUACGAAAAAAAGGGAAAGUUAUCUACGAAGUAAAAGUUGGACAAAAGAUAUGGGUGAGACAUGCAAACCAGAUACAGCCAACCAGACAAGAACGAGAGACAGAAAAUGCUACAAAGUCGAAUAUACCAAUAAAUAUAUUAACUGAGUCGAAUAAUGAAAUUAAAAAUGAUCCGAAUAAUAACGAGACGUGUGAAACACUCCCAAGGAGGUCGCAGCGCAUCAGACGAAAACCCAAUCGAAUAAAAAUAAAUCCUAAGGAUCAUUAUUAUCUCUGAUGCUUCAAAAAAGGGGAGGUGUUAUAUCCGGUGAAGAUUAAACUACAGGUAAAUUCCAAGGACUAUUCAUGGACUAAUAUUCUAUAAAUAUUCUUAUUGUAUAACUACUCAACAAUUA